AUGGAAGACGAUCAAGUAGUGGAGGAAGAACAGAGUCUCUCACCGUCCGAUUCAAGCGAUUCAGGCGACGAGUAUACUGUCGAUCGCGAAGAUGAAGAAGACAAUGACGACAAUGAGGGAGAGCAAUAUGUGGCGUCAUCUCCACCGUCCGACGAAGAUCGCAAAUUGAAGAAUGUAGACGCUCUCUUGAGAGGCAACCUUGUAGUAAGGAGACAGUCACUGCUUCCUCGAGUUCUUUCAGUGACAGAAGGGGCAGCUAUUUGUAGGAAACCCUUUAAACCCCCAUGUUCCAAUGGUUAUAAUGAUGGAAAUGAACGGCUUGCUCGUAGGCUUUGGGCCAGGAAACGGUUUGUUCCUUGGGGUUCUUCAAGGCCAUUUUUAGUUGAAGUAACAAAUAGAUUUAAUGUACCAACUGCAGUGGAGAGAGAUGUAGCAGAGGAAAGUGUGACUUUGCCACCUGGUAUUGAUCCUUUGGUGUUGUGGCAACCUGAAGAGUCUGAGGAUGGAGUUGGUAAUUUGAUGCCAAUAGUGGUGGAUCCUUUCCUUGUUCAGUUCCUUCGACCUCAUCAAAGAGAGGGUGUUCAAUUCAUGUUUGAAUGUGUUUCGGGAUUUUAUAGCACUGCAAAUAUUAAUGGAUGCAUUCUGGCUGAUGAUAUGGGUUUGGGAAAGACACUGCAGUCAAUCACAUUGCUGUAUACUCUUCUUGGUCAAGGGUUUGAUGGAAAGCCUAUGGUUAAAAAAGCCAUAAUUGUCACCCCGACCAGUCUCGUAAGGAACUGGGAGGCCGAAAUCAAAAAGUGGGUUGGAGAAAGAGUUAAGCUUAUAGCUCUCUGUGAAAGCACCAGAGAUGAUGUUGUCUCUGGGAUUGACAGUUUCACAAAUCCUCGCAGCUCUUUCCAGGUUCUGAUUGUUUCAUAUGAGACAUUCCGGAUGCAUUCUUCAAAAUUUAGCAAUAGUGAAUAUUGUGAACUUCUCGUAUGUGAUGAGGCUCACAGACUUAAAAAUGACCAGACAAUAACAAAUCGGGCAUUGGCUUCUCUCUCAUGCAAGCGCCGCAUUUUGUUGUCAGGAACUCCAAUGCAAAAUGACCUAGAAGAGUUUUUUGCAAUGGUUAACUUCACCAAUCCAGGAAUUUUGGGUGAUGCUGCAUAUUUUCGCCGUUACUAUGAGUAUAGCAUUUUGUUCGCUAGCGAGGCAUCAUCAGCAGAAUGUCAGUGGCUUGUGUUUUAUCACGAGGCAUAUACUGACAGUUUUAUCCUUACUAUAGAACAUAACAAUCCUGGAAUAAGGGAACCGACUGCCACUGAAGAAGAGAAGAAGCUAUGUGCUGAACGCUCUGGAGAACUAAGUGUGAAAGUAAAUCAGGUUAAACGGGCAAUUAAUGAAGAGGCAAAGCGAUCAAAGAUAUUGGCCUAUAUCACAGCUCUUAAGAAGCUGUGCAAUCAUCCAAAGCUUAUCUAUGAUACCAUAAAAAGUGGAAGUCCGGGAACUUCAGGGUUUGAAGACUGCAUGCGCUUUUUCCCUCCUGCGAUGUUCUCUGGAAGAUCUGGUUCAUGGACUGGUGGUGAUGGGGCUUGGGUUGAACUGUCUGGUAAAAUGCAUGUUUUGGCCCGAUUACUUGCCCAUCUACGUCAGAGAACAAAUGAUCGCAUUGUUCUUGUCUCGAACUAUACUCAGCGAUUAGCUGCAAUUGAAAUGGGUUCCUCACAGCAUAAACUUACUUUGAUGCAUCAGACACUUGACCUUUUUGCUCAAUUGUGCCGUGAAAGAAGAUAUCCUCAAAUAAGACUUGAUGGAACCACAUCAAUUAGUAAAAGACAGAAGUUAGUUAAUCGCUUUAAUGAUACAUCAAAGGAUGAAUUUGUAUUUCUCUUAAGCAGCAAGGCUGGUGGCUGUGGCCUCAAUCUAAUUGGUGGUAACCGACUUGUAUUGUUUGAUCCUGACUGGAAUCCUGCCAAUGACAAGCAAGCAGCUGCAAGAGUUUGGCGGGAUGGACAAAAGAAGAGGGUAUAUAUCUACAGAUUCCUGAGUACUGGAACCAUUGAAGAAAAGGUUUACCAGCGUCAAAUGUCAAAAGAAGGGCUUCAAAAAGUUAUUCAGCAUGAGCAAAAUGACAGCCUUGGGGCACAGGGAAACUCUCUUUCAACUGAAGAUUUGCGGGAUUUGUUCACAUUUCAUCAGAAUGUCAGGUCUGAAAUACAUGAAAACAUGAACUGUGCCCGUUGUCUAUAUUCUGAUGAGGGACUUGAGAGCUUAGGAGGUGGAGAUGAAUCAAAAAAUGGGAAUUGUAUGCCCAAUCAAGAGGUGGUCGAUAUAGGUGGCUUUGCUGCAAUUGCUGGAUGCCUGGACAAGUUGAAGAGCUCAGAGAAGCAAGUAGGGACUCCUUUGGAAGAGGAUUUGGGCAGCUGGGGGCAUCACUUCCACUUGACAUCAGUGCCUGAUCCUAUACUUCAAGCUUCAGCAGGUGAUGAGGUUUCUUUUGUCUUCACAAACCAAGUGGAUGGGAAGCUUGUACCCAUUGAAUCAAAUCCAACUCUAAGGAUGCAAGGGAUACAAGGAAAUGAGAACCCGCUCAAUGAUAAAGAAAAUCUGGACCAGAAUUCAAAGUUAUCUCGAUAUCAGAAACCACAACAAACUUUGUCUCCCAGCAUAGAUCCUACGAGGGACGCAUUAUCUGCCUCUCUCAACCCUUUGCAGAGAUCAACCGUGAAACGAAUGAGAACUCCUUUAAAAGGAACGGCAAAUGCAGAAUUAAAAUCUAGACUCUCUUUUGGAAGUGAAUUGCCAUUGAAAAGACUAUCUCCUUACAAUGUUGAACACGAUGAUGAUUUUCAUGAGCAACAAAGCUUUUACUCUUCCUCUAUGGACCCGAGAAUUUCUUUCUCCAAUGAUUUUGUGGAUGCACAACAAACUAUCAAGUAUGAAAGCAGCUAUAGAGAAGCACCAGUUUCCACAGAUUUCGAGUUCUCGGUGAAAAACAACUCCAUGAUUCCUGCAGAUGAAAUUUUCUUCAAGGGCACGAUGUUGCCUUUGAAGGAUAACUGCACCAACCAACUGCGUAAAAUGACCUUACGAGAUGAAUUACUAGUCGAUGAUCAGUAUGAUGAUGCGUUCCCAUCGCCAAAGAUUUCAGGCUGGUGGAAGGAGAAACUGGGCUUAAAGAGGGGUAACAUUGCACCUAAGAAAAGUGAUAGGAUCACCGGGGUUUUGGAUACAGUUGUUGAAGAGAGGCCUAUUUUUGUUCGUGGAGAGGAAGUAACUAACAAGAGAACACAGGAAUUAUCGAUUGAAGGAGGGUUACGUUGUAAAGAUAACGCAAUAUAA